AUGGCAUCAAACAGCCUGUUCAGUUCAGUGACACCAUGUCAGCAAAACUUCUUUUGGGAUCCCAGCACCAGCCGGAGGUUCAGCCCCCCCUCCAGCAGCCUGCAGCCCGGCAAGAUGAGCGAAGUCAGCCCGGUCGUAGUAGCCCAACAGCAGCAGCAGCAGCAGCAGCAGCAAGAAGCGGCGGCCGCCGUGCCCAGGCUGCGCCCCCACGAUAACCGCACCAUGGUGGAGAUCAUCGCUGACCACCCCGCCGAGCUGGUCCGCACCGACAGCCCCAACUUCCUCUGCUCCGUGCUGCCCUCGCACUGGCGCUGCAACAAGACCCUCCCGGUGGCAUUCAAGGUGGUGGCCUUAGGAGAAGUGCCUGAUGGGACGGUGGUCACCGUCAUGGCUGGAAACGAUGAGAACUACUCUGCAGAGCUGCGAAAUGCUUCUGCCGUGAUGAAGAACCAGGUGGCCAGAUUUAAUGACUUACGAUUUGUGGGCAGAAGUGGAAGAGGGAAGAGCUUUACUUUGACAAUAACUGUCCUGACAAAUCCCCAAGUCGCUACAUACCACAGAGCUAUAAAGGUUACAGUGGAUGGGCCAAGGGAGCCGAGAAGGCACAGACAGAAGCUUGAUGACUCUAAACCUAGUUUGUUCUCUGAACGCCUCAGUGAUUUAGGGCGCAUUCCUCAUCCCAGUAUGAGAGUAGGGGUCCCGACCCAGAGCCCACGGCCCUCUCUGAACUCUGCACCAAGUCCUUUUAAUCCACAAGGACAGAGUCAGAUUACAGACCCCAGGCAGGCACAGUCAUCCCCGCCAUGGUCCUAUGACCAGUCUUACCCAUCCUACUUGAGCCAGAUGACUUCACCGUCCAUUCACUCCACAACUCCCCUGUCCUCCACUCGAGGCACAGGACUUCCAGCCAUUACCGAUGUGCCCAGACGCCUCUCAGGUGCUUCAGAGCUGGGCCCAUUUUCAGAUCCCAGGCAGUUCACAAGCAUUUCAUCCCUCACUGAGAGCCGCUUCUCCAACCCACGAAUGCACUAUCCAGCCACCUUUACCUAUACACCGCCAGUCACCUCAGGCAUGUCACUGGGUAUGUCCGCAACCACUCACUACCACACCUACCUACCACCACCCUACCCUGGCUCUUCCCAAAACCAAAGUGGACCUUUCCAGACCAGCAGCACUCCAUAUCUCUACUAUGGCACUUCGUCAGGAUCAUACCAGUUCCCCAUGGUGCCGGGAGGGGACCGCUCCCCCUCCAGGAUGCUUCCUCCGUGCACCACCACGUCCAACGGCAGCACGCUGUUAAACCCUAACUUGCCCAACCAGAGUGACGGGGUGGAGGCGGAUGGCAGCCACAGCAGCUCCCCAACCGUCUUGAAUUCUAGUGGCAGAAUGGAUGAGUCCGUUUGGAGGCCGUACUGAGAUUUCUUCUGUAGCCGGCCUGACCUC